GGCGACAGAGCGUUUGCGAUUAUUCACCAUGCCCACCGCGACGACGACGACAGCGCCCGACUGCCCUUCCGCCGGUCCGCCGCGACGCUCCCGCGAGCAAGCUGAGCUUGACCAGCGCACCCUCACCACGUGAAAGCGGGCAAUCAAUCGCCCAGAUCGCCAGCUGCUGGUCCAGCACGCGACCGAGUCCAGCACCAACAGCAACCACUUCUCCACCCCUCGAUUGCCGACCUUGACCUCGCCGACUGAAGUAUUGAGUGCCCUGGGGAGCACCAGAAUCCGCCAUGGUCCGCAAUAUCCUCCUCUUCUCGGGCUCGUCCCACCCGCAGCUCGUCGACGGCAUCUGCACCCACCUCGGCAUCCCGCCGGCCAACAUCGAGCUGUCCAAAUUCAGCGUCGGCGAGACUCGUGUCGAAGUGGGAGAGAGUGUGCGUGGGAAAGAUGUCUUCAUUGUCCAGACGGCCUGCUCGCGCCCUCCGAGCCCGGAUCACAAGGGAGCUACGAGUCUGAAUGAUGGCUUGAUGGAGCUGCUCAUCACCAUAUCUGCGUGCAAGACCGCAUCGGCCAAGCGCGUGACAGCUGUGCUUCCGCUCUUCCCAUACAGCAGACAGAGCGACCUGCCAUACAAUAAAGUCGGUGCUCCGCUUGCGAGAAUGCCCACCAAGACCGACAGUGGAAAGUACACCUUCGAGUCCCGACCCACGACACCAGGACCCGGCCAACGUCCACGUGACGAGCGGUUGGAGAGGCAGCUCAACGGCCUGAAGUUGAAUGGAGAGCUGCAUUUGCCACGGAGGAAGGAUACGCUGGAGAGCAACCAGAGCGAAACAUCCAACCACUCUGCUCCCACGAGCGCUGGAGGCCAUUUCGGCACGAACGGUGUCACCUCUUCACCCGUCACUACUGCGCCCUCAUUCAACAGGGAGGGUAGCGGAGCACAGCCGCCAGACUUCAAGCCUCAGAGAGGGUACAAGCAAUGGGUCGCCCAGGCCGGCACUCUGAUUGCAGAUCUCUUGACAUGUGCUGGUGCCGACCAUGUCAUCACCAUGGAUCUCCAUGACCCGCAGUAUCAAGGAUUCUUCGAUAUUCCUGUCGACAAUCUCUACGGUCGACACCUGCUUCGUCGCUACAUCACCCACCAAAUUCUGCCUCAGCAUGGAGGUGUGGACGACUGUGUUAUCGUCUCGCCAGACGCCGGUGGUGCGAAGCGAGCGACAUCGAUCGCUGACAGCCUCGGAAUGGAUUUUGCCCUUAUCCACAAGGAGCGCCGCAGCCCUCAUGUGCCCAGCUCAACGGAGCCGCAUCAACACUCGGCACUCUUGCUUGUCGGCAAAGUCAAGGACCGGGUGUGCAUCUUGGUUGAUGAUCUGGCAGACACCUCAAAUACCAUCACCCGUGCCGCCAAGCUGCUGAAGAAGCAGGGUGCGAGCAAAGUUGUUGCCCUUGUCACGCAUGGCGUGCUCAGUGGUGAUGGUGUUGACAGGAUCUUUCACUCUGGCCUGGACAAGGUCAUCGUGACGAACACAGUGCCUCAGGAGGAGCACGUGCGGAGGAUCGAGGAACUUGCUGUGCAGUACGGACGACCACAGGAUGCCAGGAAACUGGAGGUCCUGGAAGUCGCAGGUGUUUUUGCUGAGGCAAUUCGGAGAGUACACCACGGAGAGAGCAUCAGCGUGCUAUUCCAGUACGACUAGCAGCCGCAGCCGGACAGCGCGCGUGGUGCUUGUCUCAACCAUUUGCAGUCGACGUCCUCCAAGAAAGGUUGGGACUCGCUGCUGACAAGUCCAGAUCUGCCCGGAAUGAGUGGCAUGGGUUUGCACUGAUCAGGUUGCAUUGGAAGUCUAUUCUAUCGUGAUAGAAGGUGUUUGGGCGUGCAGAAGCACUUCAGUCAUAGAAGUGGAACUGUAUUGAGGCUCUGUAAUGCAUACCGGCAUUCAAAAAUCUGUCCAUGGAGACGCCGUUGUGCCAAGCCUUAUCUUAUUCGAACAUGUUGGUGAUGCGUCUCUGAUGACAGAAGCUUGUGCCAGAUAGAUUCAGGAGACAGUUUAAGAUCCUGCUGAAAAAUCCCGCAUCAAAUCUACGCUGCGCCGGC